UCCGGAGGGUGCUGUUCUGGGGCUCCGAGGGGCGCUACCGAGAACUUACGUAGGCAUAGAAGGCGAGGGCCACGGGACCCGAGAGUGGGCUCCUGGAGAGCGCUAGGAACUAGAAAAAGCUGGGGGUGGUGGUGGAUGGGCGAGGACUAGAGAGAACCUGGAGGUAGGUAGGUGGGUGAGGGGAGGAGGCACAGAGUUGUUAAGGGAGGAGGCUAGAGGGCGGGUUAGAGCCUGGAGAUCCUAAGUUUACAGUCCACUGGAGGAGGCUUGGCCUUACGUAGAGCUGGUAGAAAAGGCUUCUGAGUGGAGUGUAUAGAAUGGACCAACACUCAGACCCGGUUCGAAGUCAUAUAGAGGAAAAAGAGGUCUGGAGAUCUAUGGGGUGGGGCACUCAGCGGCCUGGGGAAGGCACAGAGGGGAAAGAGAUCGAGGUCCUGGCUGUGCAUGGAGGAUAAAGAGAUCCUUCCUCAGCCACCCCUCCGGAUGCUGGUGCUGCCGUCCCCUCAGCCCCUGGCACUUUCCUCCAGUGAGGCCAUGGAGGACCCUCCCCGUCGGACAGGCCGGUCCCCAGAACCUGGACCUUCCUCCUCCACGGUUUCUCCCCAGACUUCGUCCCCUCCGAUGCCCAAUCACUACCUUCUCAUUGACACCCAGGGUGUCCCCUACACAGUGCUGGUGGGUGAGGAGUCACAGAGGGAGCCAGGGGCUGAUGGGGCCUCAGCCCAGAAAAAGUGCUACAGCUGCCCCGUGUGUUCAAGGGUCUUUGAGUACAUGUCUUACCUUCAGCGACACAGCAUCACUCACUCAGAGGUGAAGCCCUUCGAGUGUGACACCUGUGGGAAGGCAUUUAAGCGGGCCAGCCACCUGGCGAGGCACCACUCCAUUCAUCGGGCAGGUGGUGGGCGGCCCCAUGGCUGCCCACUCUGCCCUCGCCGCUUCCGGGAUGCAGGUGAGCUGGCCCAGCACAGCCGGGUGCACUCAGGGGAGCGCCCAUUUCAAUGCCCACACUGCCCUCGGCGCUUUAUGGAGCAGAACACGCUGCAGAAGCACACUCGGUGGAAGCACCCAUGAGCUGGGCUGCCCCGUGCCCCAGGUGCCAUGGAACUCAGGGGGACACCUGGUGCCUGGAGGUUGGCUUCCAGGGCCCUGGACAUAAACACAGACCAACCUCAUCCUGGAGGCUGAACCAUGCCUGAAGGAGGAGCCCGUGAGUAAUCUUCAGGUUCUCCUGUUUUGGAGCUUUGAUGGGAAUGAGACCUCACACAGAAUGGAGUCCUCUAGCCUCAAAGACACCAGAUAUUCCAUGGCCAUGGUGAAGCUUGGACUAGAGGGGUGGGUGGGGGGACAGUGCAGUGUGUGGACAUUCUCUGGCCUCAUAAAAGGUGCUGGAGCUCAUGAAUCAGUAUAAUUUUUUCAAGGCCUCCAUGCUGAUAUUGGGGAAAGGGGCCCCAGAUCUGCCUCCCAACGCCCAACCAGGCCUGAGACUGGACAAACAAUAAACAUGUUUCCCACUUUGA